AUGACCGUGGAAGAGACACAAGCUAAUUCAGCCACACUCUCAACAUGGCCCAUUCCGACUAUAUCUACUGGAAAAGCUGUGGAAUUUUGUGCGUACGAUCAAAAAAAACCAAGCGAGAUUUGCAUCCCACAUCAGGUCUUUGACCCAAGUGCCGUCGAAGACCUGGCAUCGAACCAGGUCGACGCCAUCGUUUCCGCAUAUGGCUUGACCGAGUAUGAGCUGGAUAGCGCACUGGCUCGAACCAAUCAGACCCCCUACGAGACAUUAUUCCAUGGUGCUCAAACCAGCGAGAUGUCUGGAAAGAAGAUGCCUCACAUGUGA